UGGGAUUAUAGGCGUUUGCCACCACGCCCAGCUAAUUUUUGUAUUUUUAGUAGAGAUGGAGUUUCACCAUGUUGGCCAGCCUGACCUCGAACUCCUGACCUCAGGUGUUCGAACUCCCGACCUCCGACUCCGAACUCCCGGUCUCUGCUCGGCCUCCCUAAGUGAUUGGAUUACAGGUGUGAGCCACUGUGCCUAGUCUCUCAGGGCUUUCUUACAUAAAUAUUUUUACAUUUGAAGACAGACGAAGAAGAUUGAAAUCAUCAUAAGCAGCAAGAAUGUUAGUUACAUGAUGAGAAGGAUGAAUUUUUGCUCUAAGUAAUUUUACACCUGUUUGUCCCAUCAUUGGCUUUGAAAUAAGUGUUUUUAGGUUUUAAAAUAAUUUGUUACAUUAAUAAUAGUAGCUUUAUGAUAGUCAUCCAUUAAGACAAUUAGGAGUCACUAAUUUCUUUUUCUUUGUACUACUCUCUGCCCCCCCACCCCAUUUUUCUUUGCUAUUAAAAAUGGGAAAAUUUGCUGAGAAGUAGAGGAAAGGAGAUAGUUUAUUUUAGGGGAGCCCUCCUAAUCGUGAUCCAGAUGGUGAAUCACUUACCUGUGUAUCCACCAACAAUGUAUUUUGUCAUGUCCCAGUGUUUUUGGAACAAAUUAACUAAAGUAGAAUUUAAAAAGAAUACCAGGCCAGGCGCCUGGUGGCUCAGGCCUGUUAUCCCAGCACUUUGGGGAGGCUGAGGCAGGCGCAUCACAAGGUCAGGAGUUCGAGACCAGCCUGGCCCACAGAGUGAAACCCCGUCUCCACUAAAAUUACAAAAAUUAGACAGGCAUGGUGGUGUGUUCCUGUAGUCCCAGCUACGCGGGAGGCUGAGGCAGGAGAAUCGGUUGAACCCAGGAGGUGCAGGUUGCGGUGAACUGAGACGGCGCCACUGCACUCCAGCCUGACGAACAGAGGGACUCCAUCUCAGAAAAAUAAAAAAUAAAAGCCUUAGUUGAGUGCAGAGGCAUAUACUUGUGUUCUCAGCUAUUGAGAAAGCUGAGGUGGGAAUAUCUCUUCCAUCCAGGAGUUUGAAACCAGCCUGGGCAACGUAGUGAGACCUCAAUCUCAAAAAAUAAUUAAAAAUACAAUGAAGAGAAGACCUCCAUGUUCUACUUUAUGUUCUUCUGGAUGUAUGAUAUGUGGGAAUUUUAAGGGGUAGUAGUUACUCAUGGAAGCUUUGUUGCCAUUUAAGUUUUUACCUUUGCUGUGGGAAUGGUACUCUUAGAACAUGCACAUUCUUUUAAAAAGGAAGUAUAAACUAGUGAAUAUCAAAGGGGAAAAUUUUUUUAAUCAUUUAUAUUAUAAGCUUGAAGGUUAUAUGUGAAAUAUAGAAAAGAUCUAGGUUUGUCUGAUGAUGGAGUUCUAGAUCAAAACAUCUCUUCCAUGUCUGCAGUAAUUCACAAGUUACUGGAAAGGAACGCGUAGAGGGCUUUGAUAUCUAAACCCUACCCAGUUUUCUGUAGGAUUUUGAUUUUAAUGCAAGACUGCUGACCCCAUGAUCCUGUAUGUUCUUCAGAGAUACUCUUACUGAUGAUACAUAAAUGAACUUUGAUUCAGUAAAGUCAGUUUGUAGGUCUCAAAAUACUUUGGUUAUUGUGAUAUAUCAGAAUGAUAGCUAACAUUUACUGAGAUCUUUCUAUAUGUCAGGUAAUAUAAGUCCUAUAUAAGUAUUCUUUCUACAGCUACAAGAGGUAGGUACUAUUUUUAUUUUACAGAUGAAGAACUGUGGAUUUUGUUUCUGAGAGAAUUUCCAGGCUCACAGAACUAAGCCUGAUUUCUUUUUUGUAUUUUUAGCAUAACUUUGCUUAUUUGCAAAUAAAAGUUUUUAUAAGAAUUUGAAUUCUAUGAAAAUAAAUGGAUUACUCCUAAAUCUCUGAUGCUUGAGUGAACACUUUUCCUUAUUAACAAAAUUCUCACUUCUGGCUUUGGAUUGGCUUUGCAGGAGUGCAGAUUGAUCAUAGCUUUUUUCAUGUCCUAAGAGUUGUCAGAGUUUUCUCUUGAGGCAUUUUUUUCUUUACUUUUUUUUUUUUUUUAUUAACUAUCUUUAAGUAUAUGACUGUGAGAGCAUGAUAAAUAUGCUAUUUUCUAAUCUCUGCUGUUGUCACAUAAACCAAUGUAUUUUAUUAAUUUUGAAAUACUAAUAAUGUCAUUAGAUUUUCUUUUGAUUUUUUAAAAGAAUAAUGGAUUUAGAAGGAAAUCUGGAUAAAUUUUACCUGUCUUGUGUCAGAAAAACAUAAAACUUGAGUUUUUUAAUUAAGGUACCAAGAUGAAUAAAUUGCAUCUACAGAUACUGAAAUACGACUAAUUUGAUAUUAAUGCAUUCUCAGUGUCAUUGUUCAUCAUAAUAGUAUUUACAUCACCAACUUCAUUUAGAGCUUGAACCUUGUAACAAUAGAGAUUGAAAAGAAAUUGGGUUAUAAUUAACUGUUUGACAGAGAAUGAUGUUUUUACUUUUAUACUUCUCUAUAGAAGUACAUGUCCCUUAAUUUUAAGGAAUGAACAAGUCAGAUGGAAGAUAUUUUACUGAGAUCAGGAAUGAAUUGAGUAAUUUAGUUUUCUUUUUAAAGCUGGGGAGAAAUGAGCAAAAUCAAUUAAGGAGAAAUACCUUGCUUUUGAUAUUUAUUACUGAUGCUGUGACACUCCCUUUAAUCAAUUUUUUUUAAUAUGGGUGGCAGUAUCUCGGUUAACCAAAUAGUUAAAUAGGUAGAUUUUUGUAUUGUGUAUAGUAAACAGUAUAUCCUAAUUAUUGCCAACGAGACAAAGAAAUUACCUAAUGGGCUAAAAUGCCCUUAAAUUUACCUCAAAUUCAGUCACCCUUGACUGUAUCUCCACAAAUUCAGUUGGAGAGCUGGAAAAUUAAUAGAGAAGGCCAGGGUUUAAAUCUUGCUUUUUAAAAUUAUGUUUGGUCAUGAUGAAUCUGAAUCAUUUAUUUAAUGAUAAAAUCAUCUGACUUCUCACUUCAACUUCAGUUCAAAUUAUUUAAGUAAUGGAUUUAUUUUUCUGUGAGACAUUUGGUAUUUUGGUAAUGAGAGAGUAUUAUUUUAGUUGCAUAUAAUUUGAAAACUGAUAGCAUUUUAUGGCAGAUCUAUCAAGCCAGGCAGAUAUUUUGCAUUUUUGAUUUUUUUUUUUUUUUUUUUUUGGUGGCUACAUCUUUUCUGUAUUCUCAGAUAUGUAGUUAAAGAUGGUGUCACCUAUAGUGGCCAUUUCAUUAUCUAAACAAAAUCAACAUCUGUUGGAUUGAAAAACUAUGCUAUGAUCGACUGCUUUCUGUGUGUGUGUGUGUGUGUGUGUGUGUGUGUUUUUAAAAUCCCUUAAGAUUCUUUUCUAUAAUUAGUUUUCUUUGAAGAAGCUUGGAAAGUUUUCUGCAUUGAGAUUUAGAAUCCACAGUGUUUCUGUAAUUUAGCUUUCCAGGAAUUUUGAAUUUUAAUUUUUGUUUUUACUUUUAUGUACACAGUAUAAUGAUGUUAGUGUUAAAUAUUAAAAAUCUGACUCUUCACUGGGACCUUUUUAUAGAUACUAAUGUAUCUGUGGUAGUACAAGGACUUCGUUACUUUUGUGUGCAGUCUUAUGGAGGAAUUGUGUGUGUGUGUUUUGCAUACAACUUUAAUAUACAGUUUCAUAGUUGAAAGCUGUUACAAAAUUAAAGUUUUGUGUAUGGUAGGAUAUCUUCAAGGUGGGUGGCGUUUUCUGUUUAAAAGAUUAAGAUUCCAACAGCAUUUUUUUCUUUUAAUUUUUUCAUCAAGCACCCAGUCAGCUUGAAGAGUUUCAAAUGGACCCUACCACUGAGAAAUCAAGAUGGCAGUCUACUAUGGGGAAUUGAGGAAAAUGGAUUAAUACAAGAGUCCUGUGAUAAUACACAACCAAGACAGGGUUCUUUUAACAUGGAUUCCAUGCAGUGAUUGAAGACGUAGGUUUCUUAUCCAACACAAAUGGACAGUGGAUUUGACUUUCUAAAGACUUUUUUUUGUGGACAUUUUGACAUUUGGAGAAGAAAGAUGGCACACUAACACAGAUAACAGUUUUUAUGCCUGGAAUUUUUUGCAGUUUGAUUUGUAUGAGUAUGACCUCUUGGAAUGUUAACUUUAAUAAAAUUUAUAACACUUUAAAAUUUCUCAGUUUGGGUUUUUUUUUUUUAAGUAGAGUUUCAUUAAAUGUUUACUUUUAUUUUAGUAAUACUUUGACCUUUAUAGUUGCCAAGUGGUAAAGUGUACUGAAUAAAGCUGGUCAAUUGGAAAUGGUGUAAUCAAAAACAUUUUACUUGGUUUAUGAAGAUUUAUCAUUUUUCACAAAGUUGUGCUCUUAGAUGGUCAUUUGGUUUAAAUACUGUUUUGUUUGUGCUUUCAUGAAACACCUUUCAAAACAGCUCAGUGGGUAAUAAUAUAAUCUGAUUUUAAUCUGCCACAAGAUUUUAAUGAACUUGAAACAAACUGCUUGUUGCUCCAAAAUUUAGGAUGAGUGAUACACAUAUACUUCUGAAUUAUUUUGUGUUGAUUGAAAUGGUUUCUUAAGCUUUUUAAUACUAUAAAUAUAUCUUGCUAUAGAAUAUUCAUCUGAAUAUUUAAACUGAUGUCUCCUAUUGUCUUACUAUUAGAGGAAGAAGUGUUGGAUUUAUGGGUUAGGGUCCUCGGAGUAUUCAGUUUUUACAUUCGUAAUUAUGUGUGUAAUCCAUUUUAUAUAACUUCGAAGUAAGAUUAAUAUCUUGUAUUGUCUUUAUUUUGUACAAUUGGGAAUUUAGAUUAAAUGAACUGCACCCUGCCAUAGAUUACUUAACGUUUGAUUUUUAAAUACCAGGUUUUCAUUUAUUACUAAUCAACUGAUACCAGUUUUAGUAACUAUUACAAAGGUGGUAGGCGUUAUUUUGAUAGACAAAAUGAGUUGUUGAUUCUGUUUUCCCAUUUUACAUGAGACGAAGAAAUAGUUCAGGUUAAAUUGUUUUGUGUUAAUCAUAUUGUUUGUGAUUCAUGUCAAAUACUGCAGCAUACACAUCCAUGGUCAAUACACGUGCACCAUUUGUUAUUGACUGAUGUGAGGUGGUUGGUCUUUGUUACAUUCAAAAACAGAAUUUUGGAUUUUGAUCUUGGUACAAAAUUUAUCUUUGUGUAGAGAGUAUGGAAUUGAAACAGUUUGGAUUAUGGAUUUUACCUAGAUUGGACAUUGUUGCUUUUGCUUGGUGUAAAUCUAAAAUGGAUUUCUUCAGUGAGGGAGGGACAUGGUUCUGGCAGAAAGGAAAGCUGAUUGGAUUUUUUUGGGUGUAUGAAUAUGCUUGUCUGAAUGGAGUGCUUGGUGAGAAUAUUGUUUUUGGAAUUAGUGAUUUGUUUCUGUGGAUCUCAUGGUCUUGAUAAUUAGGAGAAUUUGCUUUGUGACAUUAACUUUGAUAAUUUGCAAUCAGGUAUGUCCUAUUGUUAAUAACAUUGUUGAAAUGGGUGUGUAUACUUACUUGAUUUGAACUACAAGGGAAGGGUUGGGAUAUGUGUUUUCUGUUGGAUUUGGAGGUGGAGUUUCUUGGGUUACUGAUUUAAAGGCGAUCAUGGUUGGCCCAUACUCUUGAAUUUAAAGAUACUUGUUUUGCCUGAAUCAGUGUGGGAAGUAAAUAUAUUGUGAUUAUGAGAAGUUUCUUUGGGAGGAGGAGUGUAAUAUUUUCAAGGUUAUAUAAUGGGUUAAAGAAUUUUGUGAAAGAACAAAGAAAAAUGGAUAUUUUUGAGUAAAAAUUGGUUGCAUUAACUUUUGCUCCAAUGCAACUGAACACUAGGGAGGCGCUCUUGAGUUGUAAAAAUUACCCCUUUCUUCCAGUUGAGAUGGAAAAUUCCCCCUUAAAUUUUGUCUUUAGAUUAUUUUGAGGCAUCACAAAGAAGGAAAAACUUGAAUUUAGUUUAUGAAAUUAAGGUUUUACUUUUAUUUAGCAAUCAUUUUACCCAUUGGGGGAUUAAUUUUUACAAAGAUUAGUACUUAAGCUGAGCUUUAGAUUCUCUAAGAAUUAUCCCUUUUUCAAAAUGGCUUGAUAAAACACCACUUCCUGUCCAGGGAGGAAGUUAUUUUAGCUCAAGGACUGAAAUAUUUAGCAGAUCUUUAGACAAAAGGAACAAAUUACAUUUCUCUCUGGCUUAAAAAGGGUGCUUGAGCCAGAGGGGGUUAAGAAGCCCUCCCCCCUCCCCCUGUUGGGGUGGUCUGGAGGGGCAGGGAGGUGUGGGGGUGGGGGUCCUUAGGCUCCCUGGGAUGGAGGAUCUCUCUCUCUCUCUCUCUCUCUCUUUUUUUUUUUUUUGGUGGAGAUGAAGGGGUGGGUCUAUGGUACAUCACCUGAGUUGUGGGGUAAAUGUAGAGAGUGUCAAUCAAAGGCAGAGCUCUCAGAGCUGGGAAGGAGGCUCUAGAUGGCGGCUGUGCCUUAGAGAGAGCGCGCUCUGCUCCCUGCCUUUGCCUCACUUUACGCAACUUUCCCUAACUUUCGGGCAGCCUCGGGGGGCCCCCGUAGCCCCCUGCCUUUCCUAGUGACUUAGUGGGGUCGAUUUGAACCUUUUUUUGGGAGAAAAGCAGCUUUUAGGAGCUUUCUUUUCGUGCCUUGUUGGAAAGAAGCAGCCGUACUGAGAGCCCAGGUCGUUGUUUUUUCCAGCUUAGAAGCCAUGGCGCACCUCCAUUUUUGUGCGCUCUCCUAAUGAGGUUUUUUUUCUUUCGGACCUGUUUUAGUAUUAAUUAUUGCUUUAUUUUUUUGACCAGUUAACAUAUUUGAGGGUUAUUUUAUUUAUUUUUCGUUUUUUAACGGAGGAUUUUGCCUUUAUUUUUAAUUAUCUGGGAUCUGAUAUUUUUCUACUAGUAGAUAGGACUCUUGCUUUGGACAUACUACAUGGAUCAGUAAAUACCUGGGCACAGGACUUCAAAGCAAACACAGAUUCCCCCUCCCCCUUAAUAUUUAAGAAUUAAAAGAUGAUGAGAAAUAAGGACAAAAGCCAAGAGGAGGACAGUUCGCUACACAGCAAUGCAUCGAGUCACUCAGCCUCUGAAGAAGCCUCGGGUUCAGACUCAGGCAGUCAGUCGGAAAGUGAGCAGGGAAGUGAUCCAGGAAGUGGACAUGGCAGCGAGUCGAAUAGCAGUUCUGAAUCUUCUGAGAGUCAGUCGGAAUCUGAGAGCGAAUCAGCAGGUUCCAAAUCCCAGCCAGUCCUCCCAGAAGCCAAAGAGAAGCCAGCCUCUAAGAAGGAACGGAUAGCUGAUGUGAAGAAGAUGUGGGAAGAAUAUCCUGAUGUUUAUGGGGUCAGGCGGUCAAAUCGAAGCAGGCAAGAACCAUCACGAUUUAAUAUUAAGGAAGAGGCAAGUAGCGGGUCUGAGAGUGGGAGCCCAAAAAGAAGAGGCCAGAGGCAGCUGAAAAAACAAGAAAAAUGGAAACGGGAACCCUCAGAAGAUGAACAGGAGCAAGGCACCAGUGCAGAGAGUGAGCCAGAGCAAAAGAAAGUAAAAGCCAGAAGACCUGUCCCCAGAAGAACAGUGCCCAAACCUCGUGUUAAAAAGCAGCCUAAGACUCAGCGUGGAAAGAGAAAAAAGCAAGAUUCUUCUGAUGAGGAUGAUGAUGACGAUGAAGCUCCCAAAAGGCAGACUCGUCGAAGAGCGGCUAAAAAUGUUAGUUACAAAGAAGAUGAUGACUUUGAGACUGACUCAGAUGAUCUCAUUGAAAUGACUGGAGAAGGAGUUGAUGAACAGCAGGAUAAUAGUGAAACUAUUGAAAAGGUCUUAGAUUCAAGACUGGGAAAGAAAGGAGCCACUGGAGCUUCUACUACUGUAUAUGCGAUUGAAGCUAAUGGAGACCCUAGUGGUGACUUUGACACUGAAAAGGAUGAAGGUGAAAUCCAGUACCUCAUCAAGUGGAAGGGUUGGUCUUACAUCCACAGCACAUGGGAGAGUGAAGAAUCCUUACAGCAACAGAAAGUGAAGGGCCUAAAAAAACUAGAGAACUUCAAGAAAAAAGAGGAUGAAAUCAAACAAUGGUUAGGGAAAGUUUCUCCUGAAGAUGUAGAAUAUUUCAAUUGCCAACAGGAGCUGGCUUCAGAGUUGAAUAAACAGUAUCAGAUAGUAGAAAGAGUAAUAGCUGUAAAGACAAGUAAAUCUACAUUGGGUCAAACAGAUUUUCCAGCUCACAGUCGGAAGCCGGCACCCUCAAAUGAGCCUGAGUAUCUAUGUAAAUGGAUGGGACUGCCCUAUUCAGAGUGUAGCUGGGAAGAUGAAGCCCUCAUUGGAAAGAAAUUCCAGAAUUGCAUUGACAGCUUCCACAGUAGGAACAACUCAAAAACCAUCCCAACAAGAGAAUGCAAGGCCCUGAAGCAGAGACCACGAUUUGUAGCUUUAAAGAAACAACCUACAUAUUUAGGAGGGGAGAAUCUGGAACUUCGAGAUUAUCAGCUAGAAGGUCUCAACUGGCUUGCUCAUUCCUGGUGCAAAAAUAACAGUGUAAUCCUUGCUGAUGAAAUGGGCCUAGGAAAGACCAUCCAGACCAUAUCAUUCCUCUCCUACCUGUUCCACCAACACCAGCUGUAUGGCCCCUUUCUUAUAGUCGUCCCUUUAUCCACCCUCACCUCAUGGCAGAGAGAGUUUGAAAUCUGGGCACCAGAGAUUAACGUAGUGGUUUACAUAGGUGACCUGAUGAGCAGAAAUACGAUACGGGAGUAUGAAUGGAUUCAUUCCCAAACCAAAAGAUUGAAGUUCAACGCACUUAUAACAACAUAUGAGAUCCUCUUAAAAGAUAAGACUGUGCUGGGCAGUAUUAACUGGGCCUUUCUGGGAGUGGAUGAAGCCCAUCGGUUGAAGAAUGAUGACUCUUUAUUGUAUAAAACUCUGAUUGAUUUCAAGUCCAACCAUAGGCUCCUGAUUACGGGGACCCCUCUUCAGAAUUCCCUCAAAGAGCUCUGGUCCUUGCUGCACUUUAUUAUGCCGGAGAAGUUUGAAUUUUGGGAAGAUUUUGAAGAAGACCAUGGGAAAGGGAGAGAGAAUGGCUACCAGAGUCUUCAUAAGGUGCUAGAGCCUUUCCUUCUCCGGAGAGUCAAAAAAGAUGUGGAGAAAUCCCUUCCUGCUAAAGUGGAACAGAUUCUCAGGGUGGAGAUGUCAGCCCUUCAGAAACAGUAUUAUAAGUGGAUUCUGACCAGGAAUUACAAGGCUCUUGCCAAAGGAACAAGAGGCAGCACGUCUGGUUUUCUUAAUAUUGUGAUGGAACUGAAAAAAUGUUGCAACCACUGCUAUCUGAUUAAACCCCCUGAAGAAAAUGAAAGGGAAAAUGGACAGGAGAUUCUUUUGUCCCUCAUAAGGAGCAGUGGGAAACUGAUUUUAUUAGACAAACUGUUGACAAGACUUCGAGAAAGGGGGAAUCGAGUGCUUAUCUUCUCUCAGAUGGUGAGAAUGUUGGAUAUCCUGGCUGAAUACCUAACUAUUAAACAUUAUCCUUUCCAGCGUCUGGAUGGUUCCAUCAAGGGAGAAAUCCGAAAACAGGCACUGGACCACUUCAAUGCAGAUGGGUCUGAGGACUUCUGUUUCCUGCUCUCGACAAGGGCUGGUGGCCUGGGAAUCAAUUUGGCUUCAGCGGACACAGUCGUCAUCUUUGACUCUGACUGGAACCCCCAGAAUGACUUGCAGGCACAAGCCCGAGCGCAUAGAAUUGGUCAGAAGAAGCAGGUAAAUAUUUACCGCUUAGUUACAAAGGGGACUGUGGAGGAGGAGAUCAUAGAACGGGCCAAAAAGAAGAUGGUAUUGGAUCAUCUGGUGAUUCAGCGCAUGGACACCACUGGCCGGACGAUCCUGGAAAACAACUCGGGAAGGUCCAACUCAAAUCCUUUUAAUAAAGAAGAGCUGACAGCUAUUUUGAAAUUUGGAGCAGAGGAUCUCUUCAAAGAACUGGAAGGGGAGGAAUCAGAACCACAGGAAAUGGAUAUAGAUGAAAUUUUGCGGUUGGCUGAAACGAGAGAGAAUGAAGUGUCAACAAGUGCAACAGAUGAGCUUCUAUCACAGUUCAAGGUUGCCAACUUUGCAACAAUGGAAGAUGAAGAAGAGCUGGAAGAGCGUCCUCACAAGGACUGGGAUGAGAUCAUUCCAGAGGAACAGAGGAAAAAAGUAGAGGAGGAAGAGCGGCAGAAGGAGCUAGAAGAAAUUUAUAUGCUGCCUCGAAUUCGGAGUUCCACUAAAAAGGCUCAGACAAAUGACAGUGACUCUGACACUGAGUCUAAGAGGCAGGCCCAGAGAUCCUCUGCUUCUGAGAGUGAGACGGAAGACUCUGAUGAUGACAAGAAGCCAAAGCGCAGAGGGCGUCCCAGGAGUGUGCGGAAGGACCUUGUGGAGGGAUUUACUGAUGCAGAGAUCCGAAGGUUCAUCAAGGCUUAUAAGAAGUUUGGUCUCCCUCUUGAACGGCUGGAGUGCAUAGCACGUGAUGCUGAGCUGGUAGAUAAGUCGGUGGCAGAUCUGAAGCGCCUGGGUGAACUGAUCCACAACAGUUGUGUGUCAGCAAUGCAGGAAUAUGAAGAGCAGCUGAAAGAAAAUGCCAGCGAGGGAAAAGGACCAGGGAAAAGGAGAGGUCCAACAAUCAAGAUAUCUGGAGUUCAGGUUAAUGUGAAAUCCAUUAUCCAACAUGAAGAGGAGUUUGAGAUGCUGCAUAAAUCUAUCCCUGUGGACCCUGAAGAAAAAAAAAAAUACUGCUUAACCUGUCGUGUCAAAGCUGCACAUUUUGAUGUAGAGUGGGGGGUGGAAGAUGAUUCUCGCCUGUUGCUGGGAAUUUAUGAACAUGGCUAUGGAAACUGGGAGUUAAUUAAAACAGACCCAGAGCUUAAAUUAACUGACAAAAUUCUGCCGGUGGAGACAGAUAAAAAGCCUCAGGGGAAGCAGCUACAGACCCGAGCGGAUUACUUGUUGAAGCUGCUCAGAAAGGGUCUGGAGAAGAAGGGGACUGUGACAGGCGGGGAAGAGGCCAAAUUAAAGAAGCGGAAGCCUCGGGUAAAGAAGGAAAACAAAGUGCCCAGGCUGAAAGAGGAGCAUGGAAUUGAGCUUGCAUCUCCUAGGCAUUCAGAUAAUCCAUCAGAAGAGGGAGAAGUGAAAGAUGAUGGCUUGGAAAAAAGUCCAAUGAAAAAAAAACAGAAGAAGAAAGAGAACAAGGAGAACAAGGAGAAGCAAAUGAGUUCUAGGAAAGACAAAGAAGGGGACAAGGAAAGAAAGAAGUCAAAAGACAAGAAGGAAAAGCCUAAAAGUGGUGAUGCCAAAUCUUCGAGUAAAUCAAAGCGAUCUCAGGGUCCUGUCCAUAUUACAGCAGGAAGUGAACCUGUCCCCAUUGGAGAGGAUGAGGAUGAUGAUCUGGACCAGGAGACAUUCAGCAUAUGUAAGGAGAGGAUGAGGCCUGUGAAAAAGGCACUGAAACAGCUCGACAAACCUGACAAGGGGCUCAGUGUGCAAGAACAACUGGAACACACCCGGAACUGCCUACUGAAAAUCGGAGACCGGAUAGCCGAGUGCCUUAAAGCCUACUCAGAUCAGGAGCACAUCAAACUCUGGAGGAGGAACUUAUGGAUUUUUGUUUCCAAGUUUACAGAAUUUGAUGCUCGAAAACUGCAUAAGUUAUACAAGAUGGCUCAUAAGAAAAGGUCUCAAGAAGAGGAGGAGCAAAAGAAGAAAGAUGACGUGACUGGGGGUAAGAAACCAUUUCGUCCAGAGGCCUCAGGCUCCAGCCGGGACUCUCUGAUAUCUCAGUCCCAUACCUCACACAACCUUCACCCUCAGAAGCCUCAUUUGCCUGCCUCCCAUGGCCCACAGAUGCAUGGACACCCAAGAGAUAACUACAAUCACCCCAACAAGAGACACUUCAGUAAUGCAGUACAGACAGGGUCUCACCAUGCUGGCCAAGCUCGUCUUGAAUUCCUGACCUCAAGUGAUCCAUUCGCCUCGGCCUCCCAAAGUGCUGGGAUUACAGAUCGAGGAGACUGGCAGAGGGAAAGAAAGUUCAACUAUGGUGGUGGCAACAACAAUCCACCAUGGGGAAGCGACAGGCACCAUCAGUAUGAGCAGCACUGGUACAAAGACCACCAUUAUGGGGACCGGCGACAUAUGGAUGCCCACCGUUCUGGAAGCUAUCGACCCAACAACAUGUCCAGAAAGAGGCCUUAUGACCAGUACAGCAGUGACCGAGACCACCGGGGACACAGAGAUUAUUAUGACAGGCACCAUCAUGACUCCAAGCGGAGGAGAUCCGAUGAAUUUAGGCCUCAAAAUUACCACCAGCAGGAUUUCCGACGAAUGUCUGAUCACCGCCCCCCUAUGGGCUACCAUGGCCAGGGACCCUCAGACCAUUACCGCUCUUUCCACACAGACAAACUGGGGGAAUAUAAACAGCCUCUACCCCCAUUGCACCCUGCAGUCCCAGAUCCUCGCUCACCCCCUUCUCAGAAAUCUCCUCAUGAUUCCAAGUCACCCCUGGAUCAUAGGUCUCCUUUGGAGAGAUCACUAGAACAGAAAAACAACCCAGAUUAUAACUGGAAUGUUCGGAAAACAUAAAGGACAGCUCAUAAAGGAGAGAGUAAGAGUCACCAAACACGUGGAUAUUUUUGGUCUGAUCCUACAGUAGCCAGUUAUCUAGACCAGUAAGUGGAGUUUCGGACACGCUGCUGCUGUCAACUCACUGGCUGAAGGAGCACUUCAAGGAAUGGGAGGCCUUUCACUGGGUCCAGCUCUGAUUUGGGUCACCACUCCUGCACUUUGGCAGCCCAUUCCAUUCCAGCCUAGUUCUGGCCUCCCACUUUGAUGGGCACUUGAAGGAGGAGCUGACUUUGUGUAUACCAGCUUCACUGGGAUGUGUUUCCCCAGUCAAGGAAUAGGGGAUCUUCAGAGUCAUGAAUGUUUUCUUGCCAGAAUCAGUGUUCCCAGGACCUUAGUGCGUCACUGGGGCAGGAACUGGUGCAUGGAGGCUGCUGGGACCUGAUGUUACAGUGUGUGAUUUGGUUGAUUUGGUUCAUUCUGACAUGAUGGAUGCUGCUGAUGGGGAGUGGGGAGUUGGGACAAGUGGGUGGGGACAAGCAUAGGACUUGAAGGGGAGCAGGUACACCCCUCACAUGUGUUCUUGGGAGAAAUGAUACACUCAGCCUCAUUAUGUGAAACCUAUGGGCAGGGUUGGGGUGGGGAAGUAGAGAGAGGGCAACAGCUUCCACAACUGCUUUAUCUCUGCCAACACUAAUUUUUCCCACACUGUCUUUGUACAUUUCAGAGGUUUGGUCUCCAGAGUGGGCCUCCUUUCCCCACUGUGCCAGGGAAAGUAGGUCGCUCUGGAUGACUUUUGAGUACUGUGAGUUAGGCAACACUGACUCCAGCAUGGGUCUUACUUGACUGGGGAGUAGGCUGAGUGAGAAGUAGGGUGGGGUAGGGUGGGGAGUAGUGUGGCCAGGAAACUGGAAUCCCUGGUGGAUUUCUGAUUCCUAUGGUGAGAAGGAAAACUACAGGACCUGGAGAAGGGGAUGCAGAGGCAGGCCUGCUGACCAGUUUGUUGCUGGCAAUCACAAAGGCGGGGGUCCUGGUGCAGGCAGUGAACAGGCCUCUAAUGUGGGGUUCAGUAGUGCCAGCAAGUGGGGGAAACUUUCAGUAUUGGGCUAGGUCAACACUUCCUGCUGCAUUUUCCUUCCCUUUGCACAGCUUGAAGAAAUAGAUUGGACAGAAUCACACAUCAUGUGGUGGGCAGAUGGAAAUAAGUACCUGUGGUGAACAAGUUUCUACUGUAGUUGGAGAUCAUUAGAAUUGAAUUCAGUUUCUCUUAGAAUAUAAUCAGGUAUAGACCUAAGUUAAACUUUUUCCCAAACAGGGAGCAUCCAAAGACACAGUGACUUGAGCUAUAGAUAGUAAGAAUCAUACUAGAGUUGAACUGAGUCAGGUUUAGGAAGCAAGUUGGUUGCAUCAAUUAAGCAGGCUGUUUUCAAUUUACUGAUGCUGGGGCCUUCAGUUUUAUCAUUCUCAGUGUAGCUUGCCAGUAUUGUUGAAGUAUCCAAAGGCCUUUCUAGAUGGAGACAGAAUAACUGACUUGAACAUAGAGUGUGCCUGUAAGUGUCCAGGCUCAGAGCUGGUGAAAACCCCUCUGUUAGGCAUGUGCAGCGUUAAACUCCCUGAAGUAACUUGUGAGGACUUCAUUGCUUGCUGGUGUUCUGGGCAGCACCAUGAAUGCCUUUACCAAGACAUGCCGCGUUGUAUCCUCCAAAUGAAGCAGAUGUGGCUGUGAUGUGGCCCUUGCUCCUGCUACACACAGCAUUGCAGGACUGGCCUGUGCGGUUUCCAGAUGAGGGUCUGGGUCCUGAAAGCUUGUGUUGAGAGCUCAGUGGACCCACCCCCCUUACUGAACCCUCAUAGUUGUUGGGGUUGUUCAGCCUGGAUUUGUAGCACACAUGCCCUGAAGCAAAGCCCUGGUGACUGCAUGAGCCACCUGACCACAGUCCUCCCAUGGAGGGCCUGCUGUGAUGCUCAGUAGAGAGGGCAGGGCAUGUGUCUCCACUUAGGCCACACAGUGAUAAGGAAACCACAGAUGGAGCUUCUUGCUGAUAAUAUUGACUCUAGCCCAUGUUUGCCUUGCCCAAGCCAAAGAGGAAGGUUAGGUUGGCUUGUCAAGCCCUUGAGCAAUGGGAGAUGGGGUGGGAAGGAGAUGAGCCCCUGCAGAGAGUUGGGUCGUGUCCUCCAGGAAUGAAAGGAGGGGCAAUGGAGUCACCAGAGGCCCUGCAUUUCCAUCAGGGUUUCCACAGUCAUCAGGGCUUCUCUCGAGUCGCUGAUAGGAGAUGUGAGUUAUGCCCAAAGAUGUCUUAUGAGGAAAAAGGAACUUCCUUUUGUUCACAUUCAGGACUGACUGUUUGUGCCAUAUGAAGUAGCAAAAGGCAGUAUCGGCCAGAUCAGUGUUACAUUGAUUGUAAAAUUACAGUGUCCCCAUUAGACAACUGUUUUAGGUGCUGAAGUAUGUUUGAAGAGUGUGUUGGGAAAAAGGAAGCAUUUCUUCAUCGAUUUAAACCAAUAUGAAUAUUAUAUGCUUAAAUAAAAAACAAAUUUGCACAGGUAAAUUCUCUCACUUGUGAAUGGGGGAAGCUGCCCCAGGAAUCUGUGAGGAUGGUAUUCCCUGGAGCCUGGCUUUGAAAGAUUUCAUUGUUGAUAGAAAUAACAGGGGUUGAGGAAGAGGGAUUUAGCAUCACCUAAAACCUGCACGUGAAUAAGGGUUGACAUGAUACACUAUGGCCUUAGAAAAGGGCCACAUGAAACCCCAAGCUAAUCACUGUGGUCUUUCAGAGCCGGACAGACAGGUGCCAGCAGAGCCCGGGGCUCGCUCUCCUUCAGUCAUUCCUUAGCCCUUCAAAGGGAAGCCCAAACACUUUGCACGCUGUGCUGCAGACAUUCUGGCCUGGUGUGUCUGAAAGUUGCAUCAGUCCUCACGGUGCAAACAAGGUUUAUUUAGGAAGUCACAUAAUGAUACUGAAAUCCUACAGACCAAAAUCCACUUGUCAGCAGGAGCAGCAGCCCAGGCCCAGCACCAGCGGUCUUCCGGCUCCUCUGAGGGCUGCCACGUUGGGCGAGGGGAGCCAUGCCAAGGGUCCAGGCUGCUUUAGGCCAUCUGUGCCCCACUCAUCUGGGGACAGAUGGUUUUUCUUUAUUGUAAAAUUGUGGACUUUUAAAACCUGUUGACUAAACAGUAAUUAAUUUAUAUUUGUGAAAAAUGCCACUGUCCUAGUGAUUUCUGAUGUAAAUAAUGUUGUUUAUAUAGUAUGUAUUAAAUUUUCCUACAUUGUAAAACUGCUGUACUUUUGAUUCUUGUAUAUUAAAAAGUGUUACUGAGGAUUUUUAGAAUUGGGC